AUGACGACGGCAACGGCCCUCCUCCGCCGCGUCCAAGUCCCCCGCGAGACGGACGUGGCAACGACGGCCUACAUGAACCGCGACACCCGGCCCCUCCCGCCCUCCCGCCGCACCUACGGGCCCUGGCAAUUCGUCGGCCUCUGGGUUGUCACCGGCUCCUUCAACAUCGGCGGCUGGACAACGGGCUCUUCCCUCAUCGCCCUCGGCCUCAACGUCUGGCAGGCCAUGCUGACCGUCAUCAUCGGCCACUGCCUCGUCGGCCUCAUCUGCGUCCUCGCCGGCGGGCCGGGCGCGAAAUGGCAUAUCGGCUUCUCCAUCCUGCAAAAGGCCUCCUGGGGCAUGCGCGGCGCCUUGUUCCCGCUCGUCCAGCGGAUUGUUUUGUCCUUUAUAUGGUACUCUACACAAGUCUACUGGGGCGGACAAUGCGUACGCACCUUCAUCGCCUCCAUGGCCCCGUCCUUCAACAACCUCGACACGCCCCUCGCCAACGGCACAAUGACGGUGGCAGACUUCAUCGGCUUCAUCAUCUUCUCCCUCCUCUGCCUACCCCUAAUCUACAUCCGCCCAGAACGCUACCACAUCCCCUUCGCCGUCGCCGCCUGCACGGUCAUCCCCACGGUCUUCGUCCUCUUAAUCUGGUGCCUCGCCACAGCCCACGGCGCAGGCCCCAUGCUCCACGACAUCACUUCCACCGCCGGCGUUCAGCAGGCAACGGGAUCCCACCUGGGCUGGAUGCUCGCCCUCGGCAUCUGCACCAACAUCGGCGGCAUCAGCACCCACAUCUUCUCUCAGUCGGACUUCACGCGCUUCGCCCGUCGGCCCCGCGACCAGCUCGCCUCCCAGCUCGUCUUCGUGCCUGUCAACACCAUCCUCGUCGCCUUCGUCGGCAUCGUCUGCACCUCGUGCGCCGCCCAGCUCUUCCCCAAGACGCAGGGCACGCUCGUCUGGGAACCCUACCGCUUCCUCGACGCCCUCCAAGCCCACUACGACAACAGCGCGGGAGCCCGCGCCGCCGUCUUCUUCGCGGCCCUCGCCUUCAUCUUUGCCCAGUUCGGCAUUGCCGUCGCGGAGAACGCGCUCUCCAACGGCAUCGACCUUUCCGCUCUGCUGCCGCGCUACUUCAACCUCCGCCGUGGUGGGUACCUCACCGCCGCCGUAGCUUUCAUAAUGCAGCCGUGGCAGCUCCUCAACGGCGCGAGCAAGUUCCUCACCGUCAUGGGCGGCUACGGCGUCUUCCUAGGCUCCAUGACGGGUGUCAUGUUUGCGGAUUACUAUCUCGUCCGUGCGCGGCGGCUGAAGCUGACGGAUCUCUACGAGGCGAGCAGCCGGAGCGUGUACUGGUACCGCGGGGGCGUCAACUGGCGGGCCGGCGUGUCGUGGACGGUGGGCACGUUCUCCCUGCUACCCGGGUUCGUGCAGCGAGUGCAGGAUCCGACGGUUGAAAAGGCGGGGUGGUCGCACUUGUACUACCUCGCUUGGCCGCUGGGUUGUAUCCUUGCCGUGGUAUCGUAUUGUCUACUGCACGCUGCGUUCCCGAUUCGGGACCCUCAUGCGGUUGACGACGCGGACUAUUUUGGUACGUUUGGGCCGGCGGAGAGGCCGGUGCUGGACGGGGAGCAGCUCCCGUCGUCGUCUUCCAAGGCGUCUGAUAGAGAUGAUUCGACUAGCAAGAUUCGUGAGGAGCCCGAUGAGAAGAGGGUGUGA